CAGGUUCUCAUCUCCCGCGUCUCGCAGAAAGCGGCUGUGACCCAGCGGAAGUAAUUCCUCCCGCUGCCCCGGAACCCACGGGGGCAGGGAGUUGGGGGUGGGGGGGCGGCCCUGGAGUAGGGGCUGUGGCGGUUCGUGGGGACCCGGCUGCGGUGGCUGCGGUGCCUGCGGGGCUGACGAGAAGCUACUAAAGUUCCUGGGGAAGCAAAGUAGAAUUUCCUAAGAACAUAAUGGAUGGGGAGGAGAAAACCUAUGGUGGCUGUGAAGGCCCUGAUGCCAUGUAUGUCAAAUUGAUAUCUUCUGAUGGUCAUGAAUUUAUUGUAAAAAGAGAACAUGCGUUAACAUCAGGAACAAUAAAAGCCAUGUUGAGUGGCCCAGGUCAGUUUGCUGAGAACGAAACCAAUGAGGUCAAUUUUAGAGAGAUCCCUUCACAUGUGCUAUCAAAAGUAUGCAUGUAUUUUACCUACAAGGUUCGCUACACUAACAGCUCCACGGAGAUUCCUGAAUUCCCAAUUGCACCUGAAAUUGCACUGGAACUGCUCAUGGCUGCGAACUUCCUAGAUUGUUAAAUAAAAUAAAUUAUAAUAAACUGUUAAUUUUUUCAGUAUUUAAUACCUGUAGUUCAGUUAGUAAUUUUUUCCUAUAUAGCAUGUUGCCUGUAUGCAAUUGAACUAUAAAGUUCAUUGCAAAGCAGAUUAUCUUCUGUUUUUUGCAUAGCAAUCAGGGUUGAAAUUUGUUUGCUACAUCAACAAAUUAAGGACAUUUUCACAAACAAAUAAACAAAUAUGCCAAUUC